AUGCCUCAUCCUGGGUAUCAGUGCACGUCAUCUACCAACCUCAGCAGCGGGUCGCUUUCGUACCGACAGCACGACGGCAAGUUCGGCAUUGUGACAGGUGGAUCCAGAGGUAUUGGUGCUGCGAUUGCCGAGAACCUUGCUGCCAAAGGCUGUUCACUCCUACUGGUGUAUACGUCGGAUACAUCGAGAGAGCCAAUCGAAGCACUUUGCAAGUCACUGGCAGAGCAGCAUUCCGUUCGCUGCGUAGCUGUUCAAGCCGACCUGUCUGGACUUUCUCGCAGUGUCGCCCACAUCGUCUCAACUGCUCGGAACAAUUUUUCCCAUCCCAAGACUGGCCGAUUCCAGAUCGACAUCCUGAUCAACAAUGCCGGCAUUGCAGGCAACAAGAUGUUGAAUGACCAAGAGAAAGGUCCGAUAGAGGAGGAACAAUUUCACAAGAUGUACGAUGUUAACGUGCUUGCGCCACUCUUGCUCACGCAGGCAUGUGAACCCUAUCUACCCACAGAUCGAUCUGGGCGCAUCGUCAACAUUUCAAGCGUUUCGUCUGCCAUCGGCUAUUCUGGUCAAUCUAUAUACGCGGGAACAAAAGCUGCCCUUGAAGCAAUGACUCGGAGCUGGAGCCGUGAACUUGCAGAAAGAUGUACGGUCAACUGUGUAAAUCCUGGACCUGUCUGGGGAGACAUGUAUGAAAAUGCAGGCCCGAAGUUCUGGGCUGGCAAUCAGCCGUUCGUUGAUGCCGCACCGUUGACAGCGUACCACGGUGAAAUUCAGGUCAAGGCUGAAGCUGGUGAAGGCCAGGAAGAGAAAUUCGACAAGACUGUCAAGGAAGGAAUGGGCGGUAGAAGACCAGGAUUUCCCAGGGAGAUUGCAGGGGUUGUUGGGAUGCUGUGCUCACAGGAAAGCGGGUGGACCACGGGAAGUGUCAUCUCAGGUAACGGUGGAAUGGUGAUGUCUACUUAA